CUAAAAGCGUGUUUUCAAUUGACGUCGUUCUCUUCACCUUCCUCCCUCAUUCCCUCCGCCGAACAUUUCUCCGACUUGCAGACGCUCACACUUCCGCUCUCCCCAAUUUGUCUCUCUACUCCUAAAUUUCCUAUUUCGCUCGCAUUUUCGGUGGAGAUGGAGCGGAAGCAGAGUUUCUUCUCGUCUCUGAAGGAGGAAGUAGUGCGAGGCCUUUCGCCGGCGCGUUCGCGCCGGAACCGGAGCGAGUCGCCGUCGGGAACGGGGCUGAUGCGGCGGCGAGGCAGAAGCAACACCAGUAGCAGCAGCAGCAGCAGCUCCGGCACGGCGGUAAUGUCGGUAUCGAGAUCGGGAAUUGAGACUCUGCCGCCUCUCAGAGAGGGUCCGGAUCCGAACGGGUCGGAUUCGGGCGACCCGAGAACAGACGGGUGGGUCCAUUGGCUUUACCGCUCUCCUCUCUCGACUUCCCCGCCGUCUUAUUCCAGGUCCGAUCUGAGGCUCCUCCUCGGCGUCCUCGGUGCGCCGCUGGCGCCGGUGCACGUUAGCAACGGCGAGCCUUUGCCCCACCUUUGUAUAAAGGACACCCCCAUUGAGAAUUCCUCUGCUCAUUAUAUAUUGCAGCAAUAUUUAGCAGCAUCUGGAGGGCAGAAGCUUCAAAGCACAAUUCAAAAUGCUUAUGCAAUGGGGAAUGUCAAAAUGUUAGCUUACCAUGUUGAGACUGCGUCGUCGUCGUCGAAGGUGAUCAAGAAGAAGAACGCCUCGAAAACAGCCGAAUUGGGGAGCUUCGUGCUGUGGCAAAUGAAUCCCGACAUGUGGUACGUCGAGCUUGCUCUCGGCGACAGCAAAAUCCACGCCGGCUGCAACGGGAGGCUCGUCUGGCGGCACACUCCGUGGCUCGGCGCACACGCCGCUAAAGGACCUGUUCGACCUCUGCGUCGCACUCUUCAGGGACUUGAUCCGCGAACGACGGCGAACAUGUUUGCGAAUGCCAGAUCCACCGGAGAGAAAAAAAUCGACGGCGUGGAUUGCUUCGUGCUGAAGCUCUGUGCCGAUCCCCACACUCUGAAAGCUCGAAGCGAAGGUCCUGCGGAGAUCAUUAGGCAUGUUCUUUUCGGGUACUUCAGCCAGAAGACGGGCCUUCUUGUUCUGCUUGAGGAUAGCCAUUUAACUCGGAUACAAACCAAUGGAGGGGACGCGGUGUACUGGGAGACGACGAUAAAUUCAUAUCUCGAUGACUACAGGCCGGUCGAAGGGAUAAUGAUCGCGCAUUCGGGGCGAUCGGGUGUCACGCUUUUCAGAUUCGGCGAAACUGCGAUGAGCCACACCAAGACGAGAAUGGAGGAAGCGUGGACUAUCGAGGAAGUCGCGUUCAACGUCCCCGGGCUUUCGAUUGACUGUUUCAUUCCUCCGGCCGAGCUCCGAUUCAGCUCUGUCAGUGUGUGAUGAUGCAGGGUUGGAACAACAUUUUCGAUGAUGUUGUGGAGAAUGAAAUUGUAAAGAAAUGAGUCUUAAGUAAUUCUCUCAAUCUGUGUAUAUAUUGUGUUGAUGCAAGUUCGGUUGAGCUUUAGCUAAUAUGUGUUUGAAAUCCAUUCCCUGUUCAUGUAAAAAUUCCUGCUUUUUGUACUGCUGCAUUAUUUCGAUUUAAUGAUGAUUGGCAAUGGCUAUGGAAGCUUCAAUU